UGAGGUUAGGUUGUUCCGUUUCAAAAACAAAAACAAACAUUUCCCGGUAAAGGUUUUUUUUUUACGUGAGAUCUAAGAAGGUUUCGGAGGAUUCUUUGUUGUGGAAAAUCUCGAGUUUAAAUGGCAAGUGGAAAACGGAAGAAGAUGGAAGUAGAUGGGAGGGAUGACAAUGAAAAGGAUGAAGCAUACAGUUGGUCAGAUGAACACUUUGUGGAGACACUUCAGACAGUUUUGGGACGCUACUACUACCGUUCCACCGAGAGGCUCCAGAUGAAGGUAAAACCACCGUGCUACAGUAACUUGGAGGCAUGUUCCAAGAAUCACUGGAAGAGUCAGGAUAUUACCAUUGCAACGCAUACAAUGCAGCUGGAUUGUCGCAUGCAGCAGAGCAAUAAGAAUUUCUCCGGAUUGUUCAGCAACAUCAACAACUUCUGCCUCCAGGAGAGCUUCCCAGGUCCAGACAUACUCACAAGUCUCCUUCAGAUAAUUCUCAGUGUACCAGAAGACAGCACGAAUGAUCUCCACGAUGAGGAGCCCCCGAGUUAUGUGCUCAACAUGGCAAUUCAGACAUUUGAGAUGGUCUUGAUGUACUUCCCGCCAUGUAUUCUCCAGCUAGAGCCGCACUACUCCACCUUCCUCACAUGCCAAUGCAAACUUGAGGGUUUGGAGGGAUUUGCGAGUGCCUACGGCAUCAUUCCGUGCAUUGUUAACACCCUCGAACAGCUUCUGGAAGCAGAUGAGACAGCCAUGCAGGUGGAUUCGGGAUCAGCAGACACAGAGGAGGAAUUGCGGCUAAUACAGGGAGAUGGGGUUUUCGAGAAAUUCCGCAAAAAGACAAAAUUGGAGCGAAUCCACCUCAUUCUCCAUCUCAUUGUGAAGCUGAUGGAAUUCGAUUUAGUCAUGUGGAUGCUGCGACAUCCCAAGAAGGCCUCCGAAUCAAUGCUAAAGCCCCAAAAGCAACCACUUAUUGGGAAAAUUCUCUGGCCUCACGGGGACUUUACCAUCACACCAUUCAUGAAGAAGUGCUUCAAGGUGUUUGUACGAUGCAUCCGGAAGGAUCUUCCGGAAGAUCAGCUUGCUGUCUUUGGGCGACUUAUUGGACUCAUUCUGAAUGCAGUCAAUCUGUGUGAGAUGCAGACAACUUCAGAAGUCCAGUACCCCUGUAUCCGGCAGAAAUCCACCAGCCUCGCGGAUACCUUCAUGCAAAUUAUAACAGACCAAAAGGACAACACACCGUCUGAAACGGUGAAAGUGAUCAGAAAUAUCUCGAGUCCCAUCACAAAGAUGCUAAUGAUUGACAUCUUCUUCAACAGCAUCAACCCAGAGGGUGGCAAUAUGUCCAUUACGAAGAUUUUGAAGAUUUUCAAAAAUAAGCAAUGGAUGAUGCAGAAGAAGAUCACACAGAAGGAGUUUGUGAGUCUCUUUGCGGAUGCCACCAAGUGUUGGAUUGACGUCUACCGUCUCCAUGAAGUCUUUGAGAUCUUUUCACACGGGGACCCCGAGAAGGGUCCACCGAGUGCCAAGGAAGCCAAAUCACCCAUCCCAGAGAGGGUGGCAAAUUUACAGAAGAAGACCGGAAAGAAGAUUCGUGUUGACUUUGCGGCCCUUAAUCGUGAUUUGGAGGAGAUUCUCAAAAAGUACAAAGUCGAUGCGCCGAUAAAGUACAAUGAGUUGAAUUUGGACUACAAUGUAAUUGGCAUUGCGGACAUCUACCAAACGUACCUCGAUGAAAUGAAGAGUGUCCUCAAGUUGCACACUGUGCUCGCGAGUAAGCACAAGAAGUACCCGGAGCUCUUUAGUGCGUGGAUUGCGCUAAUUGAAAAACAUUUUGGAUUUGCACUCGUCAAGUGAAUUUAAAAAGAGAAAAAGAGAGAAGUGGAGGACAUGACCCCAUGAGCAGUUCGUGGGAAGGUUAUUGGUGUACUUGAAAUAAUUUCAGCAUGUUCCUCUUCUUCAACAUAUAAUAAAAUACAUCGCAUAAUAA